AUGAAUUUAAUAAAAGGGGCCAAAAACAAACCGCAAAAACAUUCGCAAAACAAACAUGUGAACAACAAUGCGAAAUGUAAGAAAAUUUUUAGUUCACACAGAAUUAAACAGUUAGCUAAGGACAAAAAAUUGUUGGACGACGCUUUGUUAGAUUGUUAUGGAAGGUUCAUUGCUUUACUUCCAGAAUUCCUACUGAAGGAUCAUGUGCACUUGUACUUUCAAAUUCAAGAAGCAUAUUGGUGGUACGAUGAUAUGUGGCAGGAGAAAUACCCAGACAAGUUACCAAAAUUAAGUUUAAAAACAUUUGGUUAUUUAAUAUGUGAUGAUUGUCCAAUAUUAAAAAAAUAUGUCCCACCGUCAGCUCACGAGAAGUUCUCCCUAAAUUGGAGAAGAUAUUGUAGAACUAUACCGCUGAGAGGUGCAAUUCUUUUAAAUCAUAAUUUAAAAAAAUGUCUAUUGGUGAAGGGUUGGAGUACGGAUAGCUGGUCCUUUCCAAAGGGGAAGGUCGACGAAUUGGAAGAAGACUCCGUCUGCGCAUGCAGAGAAAUUUAUGAAGAAAUAGGAAUAGACAUAUUCCCAUACAUCGACGAGCAGGUUUUCAUCGAAACGCAUAUAGAAGACCAACCCAUCAAGUUGUUUAUAAUACCAGGGGUAAAGGAAGAAACGAAAUUUCAGCCCAAAACAAGAAAAGAAAUUGGAGCCAUUCGAUGGUUUGAAAUAGAAAAACUUUUCCAACAUAUAAAUUUAAAAAAUAAAAAAAGUAUCCUUUUUGAAAGUAAGAAGGAGCGCAUUAACGAAUGGUUUGUUGGUCCCUUUAUUCCCAAUUUAGUAAAAUGGAUCGAAGUGUUAAAAAAAUCUGUGCCUGCAAAAGAUCUAAAAGGAGGAAACUCCUUUAUACCAGGCAGCAUACAGGCGCAUAAAUAUCAAAUAACUGGCCUUGACCAGGCUGUUAUUAAGAAGCUGCAAACUGUCAAUUUGAACUCGAAGGAGAUAAUAAAUAUUGGUUUGCUCAAAAGCGAUGACGAUUUGGAAGAAUACGAUUAUGAAAACGUGGAUCAAAACAUGGACGAGCAUGUGAGUGAGGAUGUGAAUGACAAGUUACUGCCGGAGGACGUGGAUGAUGAGGUAGUAUCCAAAGAGGUCACCACAUCGUAUGCUAAUUAUAACAGCGCUAUUAAUUUUCCAGGAGUAGAUAAAAAUAGGGGGAGCUUUACCAAUGAGGAAGGUGUUAAGAAUAGCAGCACCUGCAGCAGUGUUAGCAAUAGGAGGAUGGAGAAGGGGAGCAUCGGUCCUAAUAGGAGGCAGACUAGCACAAAUUAUUACAACCAGGAAAUGGUUUCUAUAAAGGGCGAAGGAACUGUCGGCCAAGGUUCACCAUUGUACGAUGGCGUAAAUUGUAACGAUUCGAGGCAUCCUUUGGACCCCACGGUGGAGGAAGGAGCAUACGUUGAAGAAAGUACGUAUAGUAGGAUGGAGAAAGAACUCAUGGGAAAUAAAAAAGUGUAUGAGCAUAUAGACGACGCCAUCGUUCCGUUGAGGAGGAAAGAUAUCUUGUUAAGCAGUUCGUCGCACUAUCCCGAUCGAGCCAUUUUAGGAGAACUAAUAAAUGAGAACAACUCUAGCAACGAUGUGAGGGAUAAUUACCAAAAUAACGCUAUGGGAAGUACGAACAAGAUGAUCAGCACAAAUAGCAGUUGCAUCAAAAGCAUGAAUAAUGAGAUGAAAAAAGGUGGUAAUGGCGGAAAUGACGCGCAUAAGGAUCUGUAUGGUGUGGAGAGUUACCCAUCCCCCAUAAGGGAAGUUAAGAAUAGUGCAAUAAAAAUGCCCGCAAAACAGAACAGUUUCAGGCUUGAUCAUAGCGACAACAAGAAGAAUAGUAUCAGUAUCAAUAGUAGUGGCAGUGGUAGUUACAAUAAGGAGAACAGUAGCAGUAACAAUAACAAGAAUAGGAACAAUAAUAAUAAUGAACCCUACCAUGGGGCGAGCAGCAUUAAUACGUACAAAAGAACUUCCCAUAUGUAUGGUAAUAAUUAUGGGAAGCAUUACGGCGAAUAUGAUCCUGCAGGAGGGAAGGGAUAUCGCUACAGCCUGAACAGGAUGCGAAUGGGGGGACAUUUAUCAGCCCUACGAUUGAAGGAGGUAGGAUUGAGAAGUUUUGAUGAUCAAGACAUGGAAAAGAGAAAAAAUUUCCACCUGCAAGUGUAUGGUAAAAAAGACAAAUUGAAUUGUGAUAAAAAGGAAAUACAAAAUCGAUAUAAAAAAUUAAGUUUGAAGAAUCCUUAUCAUUCUUUAGAUGAUUCUUCUGUGUAUUAUGUACCCACAAAGAAUAGAACGCUAGAUGCGUGUAAUGAUAAAACCUUUGGCGAGAACCGCACCAACGGAUGGAGCGCCGAAGACAUGUUUAAAUUGAACGAGGAAAAAUUUGGCAUUCAUUCGACGUACAAUAUUGAGGAAUACACGACGCCUCUAGUUUAUAAGGAAGAAAAAAUAGGUAGGUAUAACAAGAAUGACAAAAUGAAGGAGGGCAUGAAUCCGCACAUGAUGGGUAGAAGUAACAAGCAAGUGGGUAGAUACAACAUUAAGAUGGGUGAUCGUGCGGAAAGGGGGAACUAUAUUCCUGGUGGUAGAAUAUACAAAAGUAAUAGUAGUAGUAGCAAUAAUAAUGAGAUGAAUGAGAAUAACCCUGUGGAGUGGUCGAAGGGGAGUUCAAUCCAUAGCCUUAAUGAUAACGCGUACAUAAACGUGAACGCCUUGUUGGAAAGCAGAAGCAAUAUGACACCGAACGGUAACCCCCGACUAGUUAAUGAUAAAAAUGGUAAGGAGAGCAUUAGUUGUGUUAGCAGUAAUAUGAGCGACAGUAGCAGGGGAAUGGGUUUAGUGAAGAGUAACAAUGAACGUGUGAAUUUUAUCAAUGGAUAUUAUGUUCAUCACGAGAGGAGUGUCGACGAGGAUCCAAGGAAUGAGAUUCAGGCGGGCAUAUCUGGCAGUAGCCACGUUCACGUGAUAAACGGUAUGAACGGUGUUAGCGGAAUGAACAGCCUUAGUGCAUCGAAUGGAAAAAAUCACCCAAGGAAAAAUGCAAAUGGUAACAUGAAUUCGGCAAUGAGUCAUAUGGAAGAAAGAGGAAGCAAUGUAAAUGAAGACAUGAUCCGAGCUGAGAUGUUAAGGAAGUAUAAGCUGAACGAAGGCUAUGACAUUAUCCAGAGAGGAAAUAUGAGCCAAAAGAAAGUAAACAAUUUUUCCGAUUUCGAUAAGAGUUCCAUAAGAUAUAGUGACAUGAAGCAUGAGAAGAAUUAUAAAAAAGAUACACAGAUGAAUAGUAGUACAAAUGAUCCCUUUUCAAAUGAGUACAUUCUAAAUGGAGCUAAUCGGAAGGAAAAAGUGGAUAUACUAUCGGGCGACGUAAAUUAUAAAAGUAAAAGUGCAUGUUAUGGUGCCAAUUAUAUGAACACAAGGAAAGACAAUAACCAUUUGGUUAACAAGUCAAACGUAGGGGAAUAUUUGAACGAGAGCAUUUUAGGAAUAACAACUGACGGAAUGAGUGGUGAAGGUCAUCCUGAAUAUAGAAGUGUACCAAGUCGCAGCUCCUUUGGAGGAAGCUCAAAUGGGAAGAAUAAAUUAACGCUAUCUGAUUUGAGGAUAAAUAGGGAAGUGAUUGAUAAAAGGGAAUAUUCUCAUUUGGAUGGUGAAGGAAUAGGUCUUUAUAAAAUUAAGGAAAAGGAAAUUCCUUUUUCGAAGAAGACUAGCCAAGACAGCAAUAACAGCAGCACCCAUUCGAAUGAGCCUGGGAAGUAUUUGUUAAAUUUAAUUAAGGGAACGGUAAAAUCAGAUGUGGCAAGCGACCCUAAUGUGACGAAUAACAAUCGUAAUGAUAUGAGCCGGGGUAGUGUCAUGUCGAGCGGUAGUGCGAAACCGUUAAGUGAAAAGGAGAUAUUGUCAAAAUUUUACAGCAAUGAAACGGGUAAUCACGCUUUUACUAAGAAUGUAAACUCGGCGCAUAAUUCCAUGGGGAGCAGGAGGAACUCCAUAAAUAAUGGGGAAAGGAACGAUAAUUAUAGAAAUGUCAUUCCAAAGGAUAAUUUAAAUAUGCAAAAAAACCGAAACAGAAUGAACGUGGAACAUGAUACUUAUGAUGACACUAACAGGCACGACACACAGGAGGAGUCGAAAUUUAACGAGAUGGAGAUGAUGGAAAAAUUGUCGAAGCAUUUGAACAGUUACAACCCCUUCGAGUGA